AUGAUAACAAAAACAACAAGGUCGAAGGGAGAGGCAGGAGGAAGUAGAGACGGUAGUUGGCAGCGAGGAGCUGCUCUGGUAGCACCCUCGUCGAUUCUUUCUUCUUUUUCUAGCAACAUAUCUCAAAGAUGGAGGCAAAUAGAGACAAAUCGGAGAAACACAACAGGUAAAGAGUGUUUGGCUAUUGCUGUUCGACCGGAAGAGAGACGAAAAAGAGAAGGGUCGCCGCCCUUUUCUUGUUGCUGGAGGAUCACCCACCUCCUUGUGGAUUCCAGAGCUGAAGCUGGACAAGGAAGAAUAGUCGAUACAUUAAAUUCUAGGGUUUCAACUUUCUCAAUCAGCGAUGGAACAACUUCCGCAGUUUCAGAUUCCCAACAGGACAUUGGAGCACUUAAGAACUGUGAAACUCCAACUUCCGCAAGUGAGCAAACGAUUAAUGACAAACAUUCUGACAAUGGCGAUGACUUGAUAACAAAUUUGGAAACCCAACACAUGGCUGAUACUGAAGGAUCACCAGAUUAUGAUGAAUCAAGCAAGAAUCAGAAGAUAUUAGGAAAAUACUUCUUUUAUGAUCCACCACUUGCUGAAGAAACCGGGGUCUGGAUUCCGGUUUCGGUUCCUCCCAUGUCAGAAAGCGAUCUCGAAGAAUGGAAUCGCGGAUUCUCCUCAGUCGGUGGAAUCUUCCCUGAUGAAAACAUGGAUUGGUUCCAUUUUCUUGAAAAAGACAAACAACUCACCAUGUGGGAUGUAGUAGUCGAAAUGCUACUAGCAGCUCGUGGAAAAGUCAACCUUUUAUCAUCAGGUGACACCGUUUCAUGGAUUUCAAGAAACCUAAUUGACCAAGCCUGGAAAGAAAUGGCUCAAACCCUAACCGAGGCUAAUUUCGGUAAUCUCCAAGAAAUUCUCGAAACCCAACCACCCAAAUGGCUGCCCGAUAGUUCUGCUGCUUCUUGUAUGCUAUGUAAUGUCCGGUUUCACCCCAUCAUGUGCACCAGACAUCACUGUAGAUUCUGUGGUGGGAUUUUCUGUGGUGAGUGUAGUAAAGGGAGAAGCUUGCUGCCCGUGAAAUUUCGGGCAGCAGAUAUGGAACGAGUGUGUGAUGUGUGUUAUGUGCGGCUGGAGGCUGUUCAGCCAUACUUAAUGGAUCAAGUGAGCCGGGCAGCUCAGUUACCAACUUAUGAUGUCACGGAUCUGAGCACAUUAAGAUCUUGGCUGAAUUUCCCAUGGGGGCAGUCAAUGGAGUACGAGAUAUAUAAAGCCACAAACACAAUUCAAGGUUAUAGCAAGGUUGGUUAUUUGAGACCUGAAAAGUCAAUUCCUGAUGUGGUGUUAAGGCAUGCGAAGGGGCUUGCUAUACUUACUAUAGUGAAAGUUGGUAUGAUGGUGACUUACAAUAUUGGAACUGGAUUGGUGAUUGCGCGUAGGGAAGAUGGCUCAUGGUCUCCACCUUCUGCUAUAUCUACUAUUGGUGUUGGAUGGGGUGCUCAGGGUGGAGGUGAAUUUGUGGAUUUAAUAAUUGUUUUAAGAUCAGAAGAAGCUGUGAAGACUUUCAGCGGUGAUGUUCAUGUCUCAUUUGGAGCCGGUUUAAGUGCAGCGGUUGGUAUUACUGGACGAACAGCUGAAGCUAAUGUACGCGUUGGAACCUGUGGAUAUGCUGCGUGUUAUACUUACAGCUGUACAAAAGGGGCAUUUGUGGGAUGUUCACUGGAAGGAAGCAUUGUGACAACACGUACUCGUGAAAAUUCGCGAUUCUAUGGAAAGCAGUUGAUAACUUCACAAGAAAUUCUACUUGGUUCAUUGCCUAAGCCUCCAGCUGCUGCCACUCUUUAUCGUGCCCUGGCAGAAAUUUACCAGAAAUUUGGUCGUUGAUUUAAUGGUUUCUUUCUAGCAUCAUUAGAAUUUAAUUCUGUGCAUAUAAUUCAUUAACUUCUUUUAUAAUAAAAAAAGAAACAAGGGGUCCAUUUGAAUUGUCAGGUAAAUAGGUAAUUGUCUUAUCAGUGACGCACAUGUUUGUACAUGAUAUUACUGGUAAAUUUACUGUAUAUAAUAAUAUUAUUUAGUGUUUGUAAUAUGACCGAUUUGUCCUCAAGGUUUCACAUUUUAUAUAAUUUGUUUUAUUAUAUAUAUGGAAUUCAUAUAUGAACUAUAACAUUGAAUUCACAAUAUAACAGUAAAUUAUUUUGUAUAUAAUCACCACUCUCUUCAAGUAUUGCCUAAUCAGUUUGAUCCCUUUCCACUGAAUUUUUUCCGGAUUCUACCUACAUGAGCGAAAUCAGGGUACAGACCAUUGCAUACAAGUGCAUGCAUGAGAUUUCCAAUUUCACUCGAAUGUAGAACUUUACUCAUGUAAUGUCUUUAUUUAUUUAUUUGUAGUUUGUAUAGUAUUUCGAUUAAGUUUAAUAUGUGAUGGCA